UCCAUUAUUUCUUUCUCUGAAAGGAAACAAAAGGCAAGGAGCGUUAAACUUAAAAAAGAAAAAAGGGUUUGGCCCUCUUCUUUUCCUUUUUAUUAUCCUCAAAAGCAGAGAUAUAAACAAAAAUCCCAAAACAAGACGAAGAAAAACUAAAAAAAGCUGAUAACAAUGGCUAUGUCUGUCCCCAUUUUAGCCAUCGUCACUUCCCUCCAUCUUAUUGCCUUCGUGUUCGCCGUCGGCGCCGAACGGCGCCGUAGCUUCGCAAAGGUGGUGCCUGAUCAGUACGAUGAGAAAACCUACUGCGUCUAUAGUACGGACGCCUCUACAGUGUACGGACUAUGUGCCUUUGGUCUGCUUUUGCUAAGCCAGACCAUCGUUAACGGCGUCACUCGAUGUCUCUGCUUUGGAAAAGGCCUUCUUACCGGCGGUUCAUCCACCACUUGCGCCAUCUUUUUCUUCGUUUUCUCCUGGAUAAGCCUUUUGGGAGCUGAGGCAUGUUUACUGGCGGGAUCAGCACGGAAUGCAUACCACACCAAAUACAGAGGAAUCUUUGGCGGAGAUGACUUAUCAUGUGCUACCCUCAGGAAAGGUGUCUUUGCUGCUGCAGCUGCUCUUACUUUGUUAUCAUUACUGGGAUCAAUCUUCUAUUACUGGGCUCACUCUAGAGCUGAUACUGGUGGAUGGGAGAAACAUCAGAAUGAGGGCCUUGGAAUGACCAGUUCUAGUUAUGCACAGCAGCCACCUGAAUUUGGGAAGGUCUAACUCUCAUUGUGCUUUAGGUUGUUUGAUUUCCACAUUUUUGGUGUUUUAUGUUAAGAAUUAAUGGACUGAAUGAGCUGUGCAUGAAUAUAUAUUAUGUAGUUUCAAAGACAAAUUAUAUAGGGUAUUAUGGUUAGUAAUUGUCAAUAUUUACCAGUUUACUUGGUCUCGGUUUCGUUGAUGAUCGAUCCCAUCCAGUAUUCCCCAUUGCCCCUUCUAAAUGUUUCAUGUUAGUUACAACCGAAAAUCAUAUUUAAUGCAAUGCUUUAUAUCUUAAUUAUCUUUAAUUAAUUGUUUCCCAACUCAAGAGACGGCAUAGAAUGGUAGUAGGCGCAGUAGCAACAACAAUUGGUGAAACGUUUAGUUAUCAAGGUGCUAAACUUUGAAUGAACCGAGAAAAAUUGUCCAGGUAAUAUAAAAUCACGUUAUCGAAAUUCCCCUUCAUUGUGCACCCAACGCGUUUUACCUCGGUUGCUUGCCCUCUUCUUCCAUCAACAACGGCCCAAUCGUCUGAGCCACCAACACCUCACGUGCUGUAAA